AUGAAUGUGGAAAAUGUUUUAGCCAAAAGUCUAAUCUCAUUACACACCAGGAGAUUCAUACAGAAGAGAAGCCAUUUUAAUGUUCUAUAUGUGGCAAAUCAUUUGUCUAUAGGAGUUUAUUUGAAAAAGCAUCUCCGAUUUCAUAUAGGAAACAAGCCAUUUUCAUGUUCUGAAUGCGGUAAAGAAUUCUAUUUUAAAGCACAUCUUGUUUCCCAUCAGAGGAUUCACACCGGAGAGAAGCCAUUUUCGUGUUCUGAAUGUAGGAAAAGCUUUAAUCGGGACUCAAACCUUCUUAGGCAUCAGAGAAUUCACACUGGGGAGAAACCAUUCUUGUGUAUAGUCUGCGGGAAAUGUUUUAGCCGUGAUGCUUAG